AUGGAUUGUGCUGACGCAGAACCGUCCACGACCAUUGUUGGAACCGGAUCAGACACGAUCUUGGUUCUGGAACCAAAGUCUUUCAAACCAUUCAAAAGCAAAGAUGAGUAUCUGUAUGCUAUGAAAGAAGACAUUGCAGAGUGGUUUACAUGUCUCUAUAAUUGUUGCAUCACAGUGGACAAUUUCUUCGAAGUUCUUGAAACUGGUGUUGAGUUGUGUAAGCAUGCUAAUGCUGUACGUAAGUUUGCUCUGGAGCGUCAAGACCAGCUUGGUAAUAAGUCACAGUUUGUCCGACACAUUCCCAAUGGAGAAAUCCAGUACAAGAAAGCGGUGAAAGCCCAGACGUUUCAAGCGAGAGACAAUGUGUCAAAUUUUAUCUCGUGGUGUCGAGACAUUGGCGUACCAGAAGUUCUGCGUUUUGAAACGGACGAUUUAGUUCUCCGCAAAAAUGAACGGAGUGUUGUGUUGUGUCUUUUGGAAGUCGCUCGUGUUGGUGCCAAACUAGGAAUGUUGGCACCAACGAUUGUCCAAAUGGAAGAGGAAAUAGACGCUGAAUUGGCUGGGGAACCACCCCCACCAACAAAACAAAUUAUUACCUGUGAUUUGAAGUCGCUGGAUGAAAUGGUAAGUUAA